AUGACGGAAAUCAACGAGUUCGGGUACUCGAAGCUGACUAGUCCCGAUCAGAUUGCUAGAAUCGUUUGCUCAUCCGGCAUCAACGGUUUUCCGAAAGGCAUCAAGAUCAGUCAUGCCUCCAUGAUCAAUUACAUGACUCACGUGAAAAUUCACGAUCUCAGGAGACAUGUAUUCAUGUGGACGCUUUCGAUUGAUAUUGCGAUACGAUUCCUGCUUCCCCUACCGACUGGUAAAGUUCGACGUAUUAAGCAAGCACCGACAUUGAAAAUCCUUUUGUUUGACGGCGCACAUUUUCGGAGAGAACUGCAACAAUCUCUGGUGAAACUUUUGUCGCACACUAAUGUCAUAUCGAGCUACAGUGAGUUGUAUGGAUUUUGUCAUACGGCCGACAGGAAUGACGGAUUACGGUGGAUUAUGCGCCUGUCAGACGAAAUACACCGUAAACCGGGCAGCUGCGGAUUUGUGUGCGAAACAGAACGGUUGAAGGUGGUAGAUCCUAACACAGGAAGAAUCUUGGGGGCUAACAAAACUGAAGAAAUAUGGGCCAAAUCGUCGUACAUGAUGAAUGGAUACUACAACAACCCUGAGUCUACGAAGAACGUUAUCGAUUCGGACGGUAAGCAUGAAAUGAAUGCCGGAGCUCAAUUAUAUAAUUCUAUCAAAAUAUCGCCUGCGGAAAUCGAAGUUUUGAUUCAGCAACAUUUCGUGGUUCUCGAAGUCGCCGUAAUGGCGAUGCCGCACCCUAUCGACAAGGAACACGCCAUGCUUCUGUCAAAAUUAUCAGAUCAAAUAAAAGGUAAUAUUCCAAUAAACGAAAGUUUGUAA